UUUAACUGGAGAUGUACAUGUGUGAUGAGUCUGGACCUCUGAAUCUGAAGCCUCAUGAAGAACUAGACCUCAGUUAGUUAACUGGACUUGAUGACAUGGAUUUUCUGCUGUAGGACUAUUUUGGUUUUUGGAAAAUGAAAUAAAGUUGGUUUGGGCCUCUUGAAUAUUAACGUGGGAUUUUAACAGCAGCUUUGUCAAGUCAAUCAUCUGUUUGGUCUGAACUGUACCACAAAAACACAAAGUGGAACAUGGGACAUCCACAUAUGAAGACAUCUGAGACAGAAAUGGAGCUUGUGAAUGAAUAAUGGCUGACAAGAUUGGUCCCAUGAUAGCCGCUGUGCCAAACCACUCGGUGCCAAAUCUCACCACUGCCCCAUGGGAGCCCAAUCCUACGGUUCCUGCCAAUGUGGGCGUCGUCACGAGCUCCCAAUCACAAAUCAAAGACCUUUUUGGGUUGUUCUGCAUGGUGACCCUUAACCUCAUCGCUUUGCUGGCCAACACUGGUGUGAUGGUGGCCAUUGCUCGUGCGCCCCACCUGAAGAGGUUUGCUUUCGUGUGUCACCUUUGUGCGGUGGACCUGCUGUGUGCCAUCCUUCUCAUGCCACUGGGUAUCAUAUCCAGCUCAGCGUUCUUUGGCACAGUGGUGUUUACUGUCCUGGAGUGCCAGGUUUACAUCUUCCUCAAUGUUUUCCUCAUCUGUCUCUCCAUCCUCACCAUCACAGCCAUCAGUGUGGAGCGUUACUUCUAUAUCGUACAUCCCAUGCGUUAUGAAGUCAAGAUGACCAUCAACCUUGCUAUUGGUGUCAUGCUACUAAUCUGGGUUAAGUCAGCCCUCUUAGCUUUGGUCACGCUGUUUGGAUGGCCAGCUUAUGGACCUCAGAGCUCUAUAGCUGCAGCUCACUGCUCCCUCCAUGCGAGCCACAGUCGUCUAAGAAGUGCAUUUGCUGUGCUCUUCAGUGUGGUUUGUUUCCUGGUUCCUGCCGUGGUUAUCUUUGCUGUUUACUGUGCCGUGUACAAGGUAGCUCGUUCUGCAGCCCUGCAGCAAGUCCCUGCUGUGCAAACGUGGGCAAAUUCGAGCCCUGCUAAGGAUCGCUCAGACUCUAUCAACAGCCAGACCACCAUGAUCACCACCACCCGCACUCUGCCCCAAAGACUAUCUCCAGAGAGGGCCUUCAGUGGAGGCAAGGCAGCUCUUACCUUGGUGUUCAUAGUGGGCCAGUUCUUUGUUUGCUGGUUGCCCUACUUCAUCUUCCACCUGCAAAUGUCUCUGACUGGCUCUAUGCACAGCCCCGGGGACUUGGAGGAGGCUGUCACCUGGCUGGCCUACUCCUCCUUUGCAGUUAACCCGUUCUUCUACGGCAUGCUGAACAGGCAGAUCAGAGAAGAGCUGGUAAAGUUUCGGCGCUGCUGCUUGACCCAGCCGGCGGAGUUUGGGACAUCCAGCCAUGAGGGUUCCCUUCAGGAGAACUUCCUCCAGUUCAUCCACAGAACCACAAGCACAGCUGAAACCCCACCCAGCUGUACUAACUCCCGUCCCAAAAACACUGUGGAGCAGGGGACGAAGAUCCCUGGACAAAUACCUGAGGAGCAGGCUUAGACAUUGACCAACAUGAGCUAUGGACCACAGUGCUAAUACAUGGGCAAUGUCAGUUUGUUGUAGGUGGGCCUUUUUUUGUUCUUCUCAAAGGAUAGGCUCACAUCUGGAGUCUGUCCUAAAACAAUACUGACAUGCUCAUAUGUACAUACAUGCCAUAUGUAAGUAUUAAAAUCAUCCACUCAAAGGAGCAGUGUGUAAGAUUUUGUGGGAUUUAGUGGCAUCUAGUGGUGAGGAUUGCAGAUUGCAACCAGCUGAAACUUCUUCCUGUCAGAAUUCCU